AUGCCCGACAAAAUCCCCAAAAACAUCCGUCCUCUCAACCGGUACAUAACAACCCACAAUGACGCCGGCCAAGCGAUCUUCUCUUCAAUCCUCUCAGAAGUCAUGCCCGUCCAACGUCUCCCCGACAGCGCAGAUUUCAGUUUAGCCUACACAUCAGACCACUUCCCCGCGCAACUGAACAAUGAAUCCGACAUCACCGAAUACAACAGAUACCUAUCCUCUCCCCCGGAAUCACAAUCUCAACUGGUACCGUCUGCCGCAUCUCUGGAUUACGGCGUUGUACUGGAAGGCGAGGUCGAGCUGGUUCUUGAUUCCGGGGAGACGAGACUGUUGAAGAGGGGCGAUGUUGCGGUGCAGCGGGGUACGAAUCAUGCUUGGAGGAAUGUGACGCCGGAUGCUGUUGUUGAUGGGGUGGCGGUGCCGCAGUGGGCGAGAAUGCUGUAUGUUCUUGCGCCGGCGCAGGAGAUGGAGAUUGGGGGAAAGAAGUUGGGGGAGGUUGUUGAUGGGAUUGGGGUGCGCGCUAGUACUUAG